GCACCUUUACCGGUGCGCGACUAAGCUAAAUUACAUGGCGCAAUAUCAUAGCGCUAUACCGUAUCGGGGGCUACUAACCGAGCUAGUAAAAUAGCAGCGGGGCUUUCGGGAAACAUCGAGCGCACAAAUUUAGGCGCCCGAUAGUUGCGCGGGAAACGAUUGCUAUUUGUCAAAAGUGCUGUGUUGUUUUUUUUUCGGGCUUUGUUUAUUCACUUUGUUUACUUUGUUCAGUUUGUUUACUAGUGCUUUGUCGGGCGGUGUAGUACCGAAAAAACGAAAAAUAGUGGGGGACCAACAUCCGACGGACGGUACGGCCAGCAGCCAUAAAGCCCCGAACCUGGGGACGCGUUUAGCUUGCAGCAGCGGCGAUAGGGAGUUCCAACAGCAUCAUCAUCACCCGCAUCAGUAUAUCAUUUCGGUAGUGGCCAUCACAUCGGCGGUGGAAGUGCCACUAGUAGUAGUAGCAACAGCACCCAGGGGCAUCACCACCUACCCAGCACCAGCGGCGGCCUUCUAAGAAGCAGUUCUCGUGCAAAGGUUUCCAUCAAUCCGCAACAACGGGUUCUCGUGUUAAUUCGAACGCCGCCAAUCCCAGUGAAGUGCAGCUGCAGCCACAACAUUCGUCAUCAUCACGCUCUUCCGGCAGCCAUCAUCAGGGUGUAGGCGGUUCCGGUAGUGCUUCGUCGACCAAUCUCCACUAUUCGGCUGGGAGUUCGUCCGGUGCUGCUGCUAAAGAAGAUGAGUGCAUCUAAGGCUAGAGGAAAAAACUGGACUGUAGAAGAGGACGAAGCCCUAUGCACGGCGUGGUUGAACGUGUCACAAGACGGAGCAACCGGGACGUACCAACGAGUGGAUACGUUGUAUGAACGUGUAUACGAGCUGUUUAUUGAAAUCUGUACUGAGAAAAAUCUGAAUUGUAGUGCAGAGCUGAGGGUCCCUAGUGGACUCAAAGCCAGAUGGUUGCUCAUAAGCAAAGCGUGCAGCAAGUUUUCGGGCUGCGUGGCACAAAUUUAUGGUCGUCAACAAAGCGGGACCACGCAGUCCGACGUAUUGAAGCAAGCGUUUACUCUGUACAAUACGUCAACAAAGAGUCCCUUCACUUUGCUCCACGCUUUCAAGAUUUUGGAGAACGCCCCAAAGUGGAAACAAUAUGUGGAUCUUAAGGUCUCGGCAGCAAACUCGUCGGCGUUAAAGCGUAGGCGGUUGGACGAGGAUGAAAGCUUUGAAGAUGAUGAUCCUUCUGCAACACCAUCCCCUUCUUCACCCAGUCGACCAAUGGGCCAAAAGGCUGCCAAAAAAUUGAAGCAGCAGCAGGCAUCACACGCAGACAUCGGUGCUCAGAUGGCAAAGGCCAGCAAUCUGCUUGCAAAUGCUGUCAAGGACAAGGCCGUUCUAUCUAGGGAGAGAACGGCGGCCAUUAACAGGAUGGCCAAUCAUGCCAUAAUGUCGGUCGACUUUUCGACAUUGAGCGAAACCGCUAAAGAAUUUUAUCGUGUAGAACAAGAAAGAAUUCUACAACAAAUUCUAGCGGAGAAUUCAAGAUCUGGUGUCUUUGAACCCCCAAAUGACGAAGAGACUAGCGAGGACGAAGAGCAAGGUUCCGAAGCUGCAGAAGCAUGUGUCGACGAUGAGCACGAUAGUGAGUUAGUUGAGUAUGAUACCGACGAUGAUUGA